UGGCCGGCCGGGCAACCCGAUGCCGAAUGGGUGGAAGGAGGAGGACACGGGGUGGGGGUGGGGGUGGGGUGUCUCUAGUUGGCCGCGCAGCUCGACGGGAAACAAUUUCAAACUGGGGCGGGGCCUCGCCUGGAAGAUGCAACGGACCCGCCGGAGCUGAGGUUCUCGGCUACGAGGGCUAGCCGGCACCGGAGCCGCCCUGCCCGCAGCGGGCGGAAGUUAUGGAAUCAUUGAACGUGCCAGAAUUCACUCCAAAACACAGGGUGCCUCCAAGGCUUAGAGAUUACUUUACCAGUGCCAGCCCUUUUCAGAGACAGCUAGCAUCAGUCAGAAAGCAAACUCCGUUUGGUCAGACACCGACUCGAAGGAAAAUUCCUCAGUGCUCACCAUUUCAAGAAAACAUUGACCCACAAAAGAUUGCCUUUCUUCUACAUAGACAGUGGACCUUAUAUACCCUUACUCCCCUGUAUAGAUUCUCCUACUCUAAUCUCAAAAAGUAUUCUACACUUCUGAAGUCCUUCCUUGCUGCUGAAAAGCAAAAAGGCCUGGCUGUGGAGAUGGGAGCCGAUUUUAACUUGAAAGUGAUUUUCUCCAUGCUCUCAGGAAUAAAAGGCACACAAGGUGACCCAGCAGCAUUUCUUGUCCAGAUUGUAUCCAAAUCCCAGUUGUCAUCAAAGAAUACAGAAGAUAAAGUGGUAUGGACAGGUUGGUUUUGCUGUGUGUAUGGAAAUAGUCUUCUGGAGAAUGUGCCAGACGAUUUUACCUGUCUGCCUUUGUUCCUUGCAAAUGGGGCAGAGUCUAACACGGCCUUAAUUGGAACUUGGUUUCAGAAAACCUUUGACUGUCGAUUCACUCGAUUAAGAAUUAGUGCAUUCAAUCUUUCCUGGAUGGCUGCUAUGUGGACUUCGUGUAAUCUGGAACAUUAUAGGACUGCUACAGAAUUGCUUUGGUCUGUACCCUGUAGCCCUCAGAGUUUGGACAUUUCUUAUGCAAUAAAUCCUGAAGAUGCAAAAGCUUUGUGGGACAGUAUCCACCAAACACCUGAGGAGAUAACACAGGAGGAGGUUGACCUGUUCAUAGACUGCCUUUGUUCACAUUUUCACAGACAUUUCAAAAUCAAUUUGUCAGCUACGAGACUGGUCUGUGUGUCAACAUCUGUAGCUUCUGCACAUACUGAUGGGAAAAUAAAGAUUCUUUGUAGCAAAUAUCUGAUUGGAGUAUUGGCAUUUCUGACAGAACUGGCAAUUUUUCAAAUCGAGUGACUCUAUGUGGACUAUACCUUGUGGAUUGAUCAUAUGCUACUUUUACCAGUAAGCUGUUUGGCCAAAAUGGGCCAGUAUGUGAGCUGUGCUGUUGCCUGAAGUGGCCAUAGCUUUUCACAUCUGUCAUGGUGCUUGAGGAGUGGUCUCAGUGGUGAAGUCUAACAAGGAGCCAGAAGAAUGGAGAAAGUAGCAGUGGCUGUUACAGUCAGGUGCUGGUUUGUCAGACAAGAUGGCCUUCAAUAUCAGCUUCUAGCACCACUGGAGAUUGCUGAUUUUCAUCGUACAUCACCCUUUUUAUUUCAUUUGAAGUCCUCUUAAAAUUGGUGUGGGACACUAAAAUAAGUCUUUCUAAUUACGUAUGAAAGCCUAAGCCCAAUUUGCAUCUUAGAUUCAUCUAGUUAGUUUUGCCCAUUAAAAAAUUUUCCCUAGAAAUUCUAAUUCAUUUUCCUGGAGUGCCACAAAAGCAUUUGCAGAGGAAAAGCAAGAGGUGAUAGAUUAAUGUGCAAAACUUUAGCUGCUAAUCUGCUUUUAUUUUGUAAUGACAUUAACUAUUUUGCACUGUUGAAUUAAAUAUGCAUAUUUUAAUAUGACAUAAAGUGUUUGAUUUUAAAAUGGUAGGUCUCUUUUCCUUUAAGGUUUCAGUUGUCACCUCUUAGAGAGAGAGACAGACAGACAGCAUAGGCACUUUGGAUCAGAAGACCUGAGUUGUUCAAAUUCUGAUUUUGUUGUUUCAUACCUGUCUGAGCUGGAGCAAAUUGCUUUGCUUCUAUAUGCCUCAAUUUCCUCAACUGAGAUAAUAAUCUGUAUAGUGCUUAGCAUGAUGCUGGCACAAAAUAGGCCCUAAAUAAAUGCUUAUUCUCUUCUAUUUCUCCUUGAUGAUCUUCAAGGUCCUUCUAGCUUUGAAUCCUAUUCUGGUAGCAUUGAGGUCAUUUAGUCUAAACCUAGCCAAACUUAGGAUUAUAUAAUUUUUAGUUUGAGAUAAAAAUUUAUGCCCUCUGACUAUAGAUGCAGGUUUCUUUUUCUUCUGUGCCACUCUAUAGCUUUAGGAUUCAGACCUGGAAGAGACCUUAGAGAUCACUUAAUCCAACUUCUUUUUUACAGAGGAGUAACUAGUGCCCAGUAUAAUUUAGCUAGAUCUGCUUUCCUUACUUCCUGAGCCUCAAAACCUUUUUUAGGAGAAUAGCUUUUUAUUCAUUGGUAGGGAGGCCCUCUCUGGUUAAAGGAUGGUUGUUCCUUUGAAUGUAUCUAGUCCUAUGGAUUUCUUACAGGGUGCUUGUGAAAUAUACAACAAAAGAUUAUCUUCAUACUAGAACCUUGAUAGGAUUAACUCUCUGAAUACUGGAAAGGGGCAAAUGGCAAAAGGCCAGUCUUUAACAAAAAGAUAAAGGACAACCCUGGUACCAGUACCACUGUCCUAGUCUUGGCCUAACUUCUUUAGCUGGGCAUUUACACGUUUCUGUUGUGUGGUAAUUGUAAGGAAAUGUAUGAGUUAUUUUCUUUUUUUUUUUUGGUAAGGCAAUUGGGGUUAAGUGACUUGCCCAGGGUCACACAGCUAGUCAGUGUCAAGUGUCUGAGGUGGGAUUUGAACUCAGGUCCUCCUGAAUCCAGGGCCAGUGCUCUAUCUACUGCACCACCUAGCUGCCCCUUAUGAGUUAUUUUCUAGCUUGUACUAUAAUUAUUUGUUUAGUGUCUCAUCUAGACUUAUGAGUUCCUUGGCAUUGUAAAUUGUCAUUUAUUUUUCAUUUUAUAUUUUCUAGGGCUUAGUACCUUCCAAAUAGGCACUUAUAUUGCUCAAGUGAAUUAAUUGAGGUACAAACAAAUGAAACAAUCUGCCUUCAACUAGAACAAAAAAAAAUGAGAAAAAAUUGUUUUAGGGUAAGAGAAGAUAAAAACUUCUCAUCUCUCUUGAUCUCCUCUCCCUCUCAUUCUUCCAGGCUGCUUUUGUUCCAAAUGUGUUCUAUCCAUUCUUUAUGGCUUAGCUCAAGUCACAUCUGGUCCAUGAUGCUUUUGCAGACUUCUUGGGGCCCUGGUGCUCCAUCCAUUUUAUAAAAUACUAUAUUGUUAUAUUUUUAUAGUUCUUUACGAUUCCUUUUUCACGUGUUCUCCUUUGAUUCUUACAGUAUUCCCCUGAAAUAGGCAGGGUAGAUACUGAGAUUCUCAUUUUGUAGGGGAGCUCUAAUCAAUAUGGAGCUGAGACUAGAGCUCAGGUUUUUUAACAGAUGCACUUUCUACUACACUAUAGCUGCUUCUCAUUAUGCUUCUCAUACACUAAAUUUCUCAGUUUAUAUUCUCAUAUACCACUCAUUUUGGCACUUAAACUCUUUCACAUUAUGUAUGUGUAAGGGCUUUGUUUUCCAAGGCUUUGCCAGUGGUGAGCCAGCUCAGUGGUUUUUACUAAGCUGAAAAGGCUUCAUGGGUCUUUUCUUUUCCUUUAUUGUUUUUUUUUUUGGACAAAGUAAUCCCCUUUGACAGACUUUAUGGCCUCUGUCUGAGACCAGCCAAACUAAAUUAGGAGUGAUGAAAGAAUGAUGGAAUUUUUUUUGCCACCUAGAAGUACUUAUAGGUUCCUAGUAGGUCUUAUCUCCUCAUUGAGACCAAGUGCUUCAGAACAGGUAACCUCUGUUGGACUUUUGGAUCUCCUCAAGUGGCUUGAGCCUAUGAUACAAGCACUUAAAAAUUUACCAGAUUGAAAAGAAUUCUGUUAGAGAAACAGAAGGAAAUGAUUGGGAAAGAAAAGGGCUUUCUAUUGUGUGUUUUUACCUCUGUGUUUAAUAAUUGAGAAUUUGAGCUUUGUAUUUUUGUAAGCUCUUUUAUCAGAGAUUUUUAAUGCUUUAUGUCUAUAAUACCUCUUUCCAAAUUCUACUGAGAGGGAGGUCAUAGCCAUUUGGUAUGCAAGUGCUAUGCUGUCUUUCAGUUAGGAUAUUUGGGUCCAGAGUGGAACUUCUCCUACAAGAGUCCACUAAAAGUAGGUUCUUGUAGGCUGUGCUCAAAUAAGGAACUGUAAAGCCAAAGUUCGGAGCCAUCAUCCAUGCAAGCAGACCUCUAACUCUAGGUCUCCUUGUUUAUUAUUUAUUUAGAUCCCUUUGUGGCCAAAGAAGUAUCCUAGGCUGAAAGGGUAGAAUGUUAAAAAAAAAAAAUCAAAAUUCUCUAAAAGUCGAAAACUUAUUUUGUUGCUGUUAGCAUGCCACUAUUAGGUUAAAGCUGAAGGAUUAUAAAUUCUAAUCACACAGAGUAAGAGAAUAUUUGCUACCAUUUAAGAAAAAUUUUACAAGUUGGAUUAUACUAGCCUAAACACAUUCUCUUGCUGGCAUCGGAGCAAAUAUUUAAUUGCUUAAGAAUAAGUUGCUGUGAUAUGGAUCACAAUGGCAGUUAUGAUACAUUUUAGGACAGUUGGUAAAAUACUUUUUGAAAUUUUUCUUUUAAAAGUCACAAUGGUUCAGAAUUCAAAUUGAAGCGUGUUUUCUUUCUUUUCAUUUUUUUUGGACAUGGUUUAUAUGGCUAUUUGUUUUGUGCCACUAUAUAUAUUUUUAAUGGGUUUUGUUUUUCUCACCUUCUUAAUGUGUGGGGGAGAAGGAUAGAGAAAAAUUGGGACUCAAAACAAUAAGAUUAAAAAAUAAAAGCGGUAAUAGUGAACUGGAAGUUUUAAAAAUACUUGGAUUUGUCAAAGACUCUUCAGAUUAUAAUCCAGAUUUUAUUAACAAUAACUACUUAUGUUUCACAAAGACCUACUCUCUCAUCCUGAUUUUAGAGGUAGAUUUGACAGGGCUCUAUGCCAGCAGAGCACAAAGUCUGGCAGGCUUUACCAUGCCAGGAAAGCUUUGAACGUUGUCUUAGUCACAGACAGGAUGUUGUCGGAGGAUCAACCUGGGCUUAUUACCAACCCUAAUUUGACAAUUUUGACCAUGACAAAUCCAUAAAACAAAGACUUAACAAAUGGCCCUUCAUUCCAUGGAUCCCCCUUCGGCUUCCAUAAGAGUGUCAGAAAAGAAGGGAAGGAGGUGCCAAGAGUUAUAUAGUUAAUAAAUAUUGACUUUAGGUAUUCUAAAGAUGAAAUCUGCCCAAUGACCAAUGAAUUACUAUACUAUUGGAUAGAUUUAAGCUCUUUGAGGACAGGGAUUGUUGUACUUUUUCUCUUCUGUAUGUGUCCAGCACUUAGAACUGUGCUGGCACCUA